AUGAGCGAGCAAGACGACGCAAAUAAGCGCAAAAAGACAGCAUUCCGCUACUCUGUGUCAGCGGACAUUGACCUCCUUAAGGAGGUUGUAAUGGUAGCCCCCUAUGACGCACGCUACGGGCAAACAUCCGCGCGAUGGGAGGAGAUUUGCGACCACAUGCGCCAGCUCCACGGGGACUCCCUCACCACAGCCAGCUGCAGGAAGAGGUUUGACGAUCUGCUGUCAGCCUUCAAAAAGUCGACCCUUAAAGCGCUCCGCGCCUCUGGAACAGAAGAAGAGUACGUAGAGCGUGACCAGCUCAUGCAGGAUAUCUCGGAUAUGGUAUAA